AUGUCUGCAUUCCAAUUGGCGAACGAGGGUUUGGACUAUGAUGUCCUUAUCAUCGGCGGCGGGUUGAGUGGCAUCUACUCUCUGCUGCGAGUGCGAGAACUGGGCCUCAGAGUGAAAGUCAUCGAGGCUGGCGAAGCAGAGGGUGGGACUUGGUUCUGGAACCGCUAUCCAGGCGCCAGAUUUGACUCGGAAAGCUAUUCAUACAUAUUCUCCUUUUCACAGGAGGUGCUUGAUGAGUGGAAUUGGACAGAGCAUUUUGCGCCGCAAACGGAGACUUUAAGAUACAUCCAAUUUCUCACGCAAAAGUUUGACCUCAAAAAGGAUAUGCAGUUCAACACCAAGAUCAAGUCAGCCCAUUUCCAGAGCCCGGGUAACUCGUGGCUCCUGACAGAUGAGUCUGGGAAGCAAUACAGCAGCCGGUACCUGAUCACGGCGAUAGGCAUUCUGAACCAAACCACCUUACCCGCCAUCCCAGGCAUCAACGACUACAAGGGUCAAGCUUGGCAUACAGCGAGAUGGCCAAGCGACCACUCUAGUUUGGAAGGGAAACGGGUAGGGAUAAUCGGUACUGGAGCAACAGCGAUCCAAACCAUCCAGGAGAUCUACAAGACUGUGGGGAGUUUGACCGUCUUCCAACGGACCCCGAACUGGACUGCGCCGCUGCGCAAUACCAAGAUCAGUCCGGCGGAGAUGGUGGAAAUACGGGCGAAAUACCCGGAGAUCUUCAGGAAAUGCCUUGAGUCCUACUCAUGCUUCAUUCACGUGGGCGAUACGCGAAAGACCACCGAUCUGUCUAAGGAGGCGCUCUUCGCCCACUGGGAGGAGCUGUACAAGCUCCCAGGUUUUGCCAAGGUCCUAGGCGUCUCAACUGACAUCGCCACGGAUCGAGAAGCCAAUCGGCUAUACAGCGAGUUCAAUGCGAAGAAAAUACGUGAGCGGAUCAAGGACCCGGCCGUGGCAGAGAAGCUGAUCCCGAAGAACCACGGCUUCGGCACAAGGAGAGUGCCCCUGGAAAGCGGUUACUACGAAGCCUUCAAUGAGCCCCACGUCAAACUGGUCGAUAUCACUGGAGAUCCCAUAGAGCGCGUCACCGAAAAGGGUAUUAAGACACGUGAUGAGGAGUUCGAGUUCGACGUCCUCAUCUACGCAACUGGCUUCGACGCAGUCACCGGGUCCUUUAACGCCAUCGACUUUCAGGGAAUCAACAACACGAAACUGAAAGACGUCUGGAGCCAGGGGAUCCAGACCUUCCUGGGGCUGACGGUCAAGAACUUCCCCAAUAUGUUCAUGAUCAUGGGCCCACACCAGAUGUUUGGAAACAUCCCGCGGUCCAUCGAGUACGCCGUCAACUGGGCGGCUGACUUCAUCCACUACGCGCGUGACCACAACAUCCAGUUCGUCGAGGCAACGCAGGAAAACAUGGACCACUGGUACCGCCAUGUGGACGAAUGCGGCCAGGGCCUGCUAGCCAAUGAGGUCGACUCUUGGAUGACGGGCGUGAACAAGAACCUAGCACACAAGCAGCGCAGGUCGCUCACCAGGUAUAAUGGCCCCGCACCGGGAUACAGGAAGAGAUGUGAUGAUGUGAAGGCGAGGAAUUAUUCGGACUUCGUCCUUGGGUGA